AUGGCAGCAUCUCGACGGGGUCAACCUCCCCUUUCCGUCCGCCUGCCCGGCGGCGGCGGUCCUGGCCUUGGGACCGGAGGUAGCCCGGCCUUCCUGCCCGACCUGCCGCCCAUCUCGGCGCUGUUUCUCAUCGACUUCGAUGUCAAGGCCGGCUACACAAUCAUAUGGAAGCAGGCCGUGCCGGGGCUGGAGCUCGAAGGCGUGGUCGAAUACAAGAGUCUGCCCUCGGGCCUGCACACCGUGCCCGACGAUCUGAUUUAUUUCGUUCAUGAUGAGGGCUACGCUGGGUUGAGCGCAUUCGUGAACACGAAGACGGACGAGGAGGAGUCGCGACAUGCGCGCAUGAUCGCGGUUGGCGUGCUGGUGCCGCUUAGCUAUGGGAGACUGGGGAGGGCAUGGAGGCAUGCCGAGGGCUUGAAGAGCAUGGCGGCAGAACUCGCCGUCGAUCGAAAGCAAACUACCAUUUUAGAAGAAUAUUGGGAAAGGAGUCGCGCCCGUGAUGGAGGCGGCCAACAAGCGCUCAAUAAGGACUCACCCCUUACCUCACCAGUUGUGAGCUUCAACUUGAGUCGCGGCAGCCCGAGACGGGGCCAUGCGCGGAACAGAUCUGCCUCUGAUGCCGCAGCUCUGAUUCCUCCCGGUCACAGACUAUCGCCCUUUCAUCCGGCGUGGAGUCUGACGACCCUACUAGACACAUUUGGACCGUUAAUCUUCCCCAUUCAUCGUGCUGCAUUGUUGCUGUAUGAUAUCUCGAUCCUCGCCAACAUACCCCUUUCGGUAUUUGACCUGCUUGAUCCGUCCGCGCCAUCACAACGGCUCAAGCCGUUGUUCACCAUUGGAGUACAUGAUAUCCCAUUCCUACUAGAAGACAAUGCCGCUUCUAAAAGGAGAGCUUCGGGAACGCUCGAGGAAAGCAAUCUCGGAGGCACUACAGGCUCAGGCUGGAUUGCCUGUACGACCGACAGCAUCCUUGCUAUGAAGGACGACCUCUGGGACGUGCUCAUCACGAUGCCGCCUCCGCACUCAUCCAACGCCCAGGAAAAGAUCUGGCCAACCGUGGAAUCGCCAAAAGGAUCACCAGUGAAGGCGACACAGCGCGAUCUGCGCCGCUUCCGCUCCCUCAGAGCCGGCUUGAAACGGGUCGCGGCAACUAACGCAAUAUCCGAAGAAGGCAGCCCCAGCUCCGAGGUGCCGCCAACAACCCCGCGGCCUCGCCAGUCGACGUCGUCCGGCGUUGCAGGCUUCUACUCCGAAGAGGACUCGAUGCUAGCAGACGCGGCGGAGAAGGUCGUCGAGCCCACGACGUGGGCGGCCCUCGCCUACAGCGGGUUCAUGUGGUGGGCGAGCGCGGGCGAGCAGGAGCGGUCCGACGAGGCCGAGGAGUCGGCGCACGACGCGACGCUGCUCGUGGACCUCGCGCCGCCCGUGCUGCACCAGCAGCAGCAGUCGUCGCUGCGCUCGGCGGGGCUGAUGGUCGACUCGAUCACGUCGCUCAACGCGCGGCGCGCGACCACCUACGACGGGCUGGUGCCGACGGACGAGGAGGAGGACCGCGCGCGCACCGAGCUCGCCAUCAUUGCGUACUUCCACCGCCUCACGACGCAGAUCCUGUCCGUGCUGGCGGACAUUGUCGAGAGCUCGGACGAGGACGACAUGAUUGAUGUGGACCCCGAGGGAGAGGGCGACGUGCUGCUGCAGCCGGGCGAGGAUGACGAUGAUAGGGGGUAUGUACGAGUCGACAGCGAGAGUCUUUCCAGCAUGGGCCUGGACGUCUGGAGCCAGGCAGAUGCCGAGUUUGUGAGGCAGGAAGAGAGCAAGUAUUUCGCGCGUGGUUUCCACACCACCAUGUUCAUCGUGCAUGCUCCAGAUGACCAACAAUCUACCUUCUCCCGGUCUAAGUAG